AUGGCGUUGAUGUGCGAGUCAGCGUGGACAAAGGCCUUGUGCCGAGCGACGCCGUAUAGCAAGACAGACGGCAGGCAGACGCUGCAGCUGCACAACGGUAGCUCGAGCAUCAGAUUCAUGCGCGAGGUUGACGUCGACGCGCGCUGCACCCACAACUACAUGGAUCAAAAUGGCCCUGACAAGACGUGGAAUCGUGCUACCAUGCGUGAAUACAUGAUUUGCAUGCCCGAAUACAAUGCGGCGGCGUUGUCCUGCAAUUCUCGGGGCCUCCGUGCCGCAGGAAAUAAUAAUGACAUGGCCGCCGACUGGAGGAGCGUGACAUCCAAGGGCACCGCACCUUAUGAGCUUUACCGAGCCACCCAUCCGCCUCCACCCCCCACUAGACUACCUUCCACCCCCGACCCUUCGACACCAUCUCUUGUCAUAGACACGACUGGUCCCCCUCCAAAUACUGCCUUGCUCUUGGGACUCAGUGGUGCCGUGUUGCUGCUCUCGUCCUGUGUUUCGCCUUAUCCCCUCAGGUCGUUACCUCCUCCUAUCUUGCCGCUGACGUGCGGCGAACUGACCGAGGAACAAUCGCCAACGCUCCACCAGCCACCCUCAAGAGACUUUUGCACGUUCUGGUCACGGUUAGAGGAGCGACAUGCACGAAUAACAGACUGA